AUGCGCCGUGGAGGAGGAGGAAUUUUCCGAGUGUAUCUCACAUGUCUGCGUUCCAGUGGAGUAUUCUGGGCCUGCUUGAUAGGGAGUAUUUUACGAGGAAUGGAGCUGCCGCUUUGUGCCUAUUUCGUGGGCUUUUCCUACCAAGCGCUGGAGCAGACAGCUGAGACGUUCUCUCCAUAUUUGUGGCUAGCCAUAGGAUUGUUUAUGUUUCUGGCACUGUACUCUUGGGCAUUCUUGACAGUAUCGGUUGGUUUCGGUGGCUGGUCAAGUGAAGCGGCUACAACAAAUAUGCGUGUGAAGGUUCUCAGAAGCUUGCUAAGUCAAGAAGCUGAGUACUUUGAUCGGCCUCAGUGCAGCAACGCCGCGUGUGUCGCUGAACUCUCAACAAAAGCGCCUGAUGUUCAAGCGGUGACUUUUCAUUUUCAAUCAUUUUGUUUCUCUUGA